AUGGCCUCGCAAGUCACGGGGGAAUGCCUGGUGUGCGGGACGGAGACGAAGAACCGCUGCUCAAGGUAUUUGAACGCCGACAUCGACCUCUUCUUUUGCUCGCCGGAUCACCAGAAGCUUGUCUGGCCUCUUCACCGCUUUUUCUGCGGUCCCGGCAAGGCGAACCCUUGGGAGUGGCCGCCGCUGUCCCGUGAAGAGGCAGAUUACCUCCUCGAACAGCUUCCCAUCUCCCUCGAUUUGUCAAGGGAGACGCAGGCUUCCGAACCCGACGCUGUCGCGAUCCACCACCGUUCGCAGCGAGACAUGAAGUACGCUCAACUGCUUCACUCGAUGCAGAACGAUAUCCAAAAAGCGACUAUUCCUGGUCAGGGCAGAGUCGCCUUCAAGUUGCGCGCCACGGAAUUCCUCUACAAGAAGCGUCGGUAUCCGACCAACAACGCCUUGAUGACCGACCUCUCCCCGCUGACCUUCUUCUCCCACAUUGCCCACUUGCUGCACGUGUGUGAGAGGCAGAGGCCCUGGCUACCAGCUUACCUCCACCGCCUUUCGGUCGUCGCACUUCUCGAGUUCGAGAUGUGCCGGACGGACGACAAAGCGCAUCUCAUGUCUCUUGCACAGUACUGGCAAGCGCCAAGCGAUGCGCUUAUCGCCUUCGUUCGGCAACACAUCGUCCCGUCAGAACCAACUCUCGCGCGGACUCUUCUCAGCUUUCACCAGGAGGUCCAGGAGGCCGUGUCGCUCAAUAUUGUUGGGAAGCUAGCAACCCUGUAG